AUGCAAGUCGUUACCACACAAAUCGCAAAAAGAACACUUGAAUUAAACGUAGAUAACAUUGCGUAAGAUAUGAUUUUUAAUGCCUUAUGCCUUAGUAUGAACGAAUGGGAACCAAUUUUAAAAGCUGUUAGCGCAAACAAGUUCCUAUGUCUUAUAGCAUUUAGAAGUUCCCUUGGAUUUGAAUCAGGUUUGUCAUUUGUCAAUUUUUAAUCUAUUUUUACCUUUCAUUCGAAACUUCUAAACGUCUCUUUGGUACUACUAACUGCGCGUUGUUUAGCACGAUUUUUAUUUAUAUUAUUUGUUAAUGUUUGCAGGCGUUCAAUUGGUCACUGUGACAGCACCACCUAGUAAAUUUGGGGAGUCAGAAAACAGAUAAAAUGUAAAAAGAUAUUUACUCUUUAAUGAGAAAAUGCGGAUGCCAAUGACAAAACCUUAAAGUUUGAGUUUGUUUCGUAAGGGCCCUCUCAAUAACUGUAUUUGUAUGCAUGAAGACACUCGUUGACCAUCUAUGGUUGGUUGGUUGCAAUCAACAUUAAGAAGAACGCGGACUAGAAGAUAGAAUGAGGAAAGUCGGAGUAAUUUUUUCUAGCUUAAAUAAUAGUAUUGGGACGCAAAAAGAAAUAACAACGAAGUCUUAGAUUGCGCAAAAUGUAUUGAAGGCAUGGACGCUGGCAAAACGCAUUGCCAUAAGUAUUCGCAAUGCGCUUACAAUAGGUAUACUAUAUAUAGUGACCGCUUGCCACUUAGCUAUCUUCGAAUGCUAAAAACUCGAUCCAGAUAUUUCCGAGUCAGGUUUCGUCGCGUUGUGCCUUAUUCAAAUUUCUAUAUUUUCCUGAAAAACGCGUACGGCUGUUGUUGCUGUUACUCUAAGAACCUAUGUAGGAGGUUGCAAAUUCCUACAUAGGUUCUUAAAAAACAGCAACAAUAGACCUAGGAGUUCUUUGGGAAAACAUAGAAACUUGAAUUAGGCACAACGCGACUUACUCUGGCUCGGACGUAUCUGUAUCCAGGGUCGCUAACAGCCUACCACAGCACGUUUACGUGGUUUACGACAACAGUGCCGCAACUAAGCAAGUCUUUUUGAACAUACGUAUGCAAAUAGAAUUGGCUGAUCUUUGCAUUAGCACAAUCCUACCGUAUUCUGGCCAAACUGUCUAUCGUAACUAUCUUUACCUUGGUAACUUUGUCUGUCACAUUCUUUCCGCUGUAUAGCCAUUCAAAAUCAUUGUAAACGGCCUAGGUCACACACAAAACAUACAUGCUUUUAUUUUAAAGAGGUCAGGCUCCUGUCUGUACUUAUGUCGACCGAACAGAAGUUCAGGAACUUCAACAGUACAAGCAAACAUCAACUUAAAUGACAACAAUCUUUCCGUUUACUGAAAGCACUAUUGCUGCAGGAUGCUUUUUUCCAUAGUGAAACUAACAUAAAUGUCAAUGAUCGAGGUUAAAAGUCGCAUUUUUCACUUUCUUGUCUUCUGCAGAUGUAAAUGAGGGGAGUAAACGGAGAAAGAAAUUGAAUUUUCACUCUCCAAACAUCUACAGUUCAAUUUGUAAAGCAUUGCGAUCUUGCCUUCCAGUCAGCAGAGAGCUCAAUUAUCUUGAGCUUCAAGGACUUUCGCUUUCCCUCAAAGAUCUUUUGACAAUUUGUCAGGUUAGUUGAACUGUUAAUCAUUGUUUGUUUAUUGUACCUCAACUGUCUAAUUUCGCCGUCAACCUUGCUUUCACCAGUUUACUGAUUCGAACAUUAAAAGACCGAAGUGGUCCGUAAGUAGUCCUGUCAAAAGCACGUUGUCCGAUUUUGGAGUUAUUCCUAAACUCAAACCACCAGUAGCUGGUUAGAGACCCUAAAGUCCUCAGCUUAGGUGUAGCGGACAUAGUUAUAUGACAGUCAAAUGUCGUCUUAAUGACAUAAGCAGCCUAAUAAAUAUGCAAUUGUCUACUAGGACAUCUCGGUCUAGACUGUGCCCAGAUAACUGUCUUAACAGACUCAGCAAAACGACAGUCUGGAUGGCCAAAGAAAACCUCCUUACUUACUGAGUUCAUAUAUUGGCCUACAUAAGGCGAACUUAAAACGCGUGCGAUGUUAUAGAACCCUGCCAACUUACUUUUUCUGCGCUGAGCUUAUUUUACUUACAACGUAACUUUAACGUUAUUGCCAAACAAAGUAGCCUUAUCGUCCUACCAACCUCGAUAGGCACUACGCGGAUGCUUUUUCUUUCCCGCUCCUCGGGAGCGGUGCUUCGUGACAUAUGAGUCACCUGACGUAAUUAGUUCUCCUUUUGCCGUUUAUUGUUGAGGACUUGAUGUUCCGGCCCCUGAUGCGAUUGCACCCUUGACGGCUGGGUCUUACUAUCUUUUAGCUUGGUCUCAACUAGCGAGGCGAAAUUAACGGUGAGAACUGCCAUUACAUAGGUCCAUCGACAUUUCCGGAGACGCAAGUGAUAUGAUAACCUUCAGGUGGUUUGGAAGUAUAAUGGAUUGAAAAAGUGAGACCUAGUGAAGCCAAUUUCCGAACUGCCCUGAGAUGCGGUGAAUCUCGACGAAGGAGGUAGGGCAGGUAUUCCAAAUCUGCUGUAGCGUGGAAAAAGCAUUAACUGCGGCAGUACUGACAGGAACUCCGUCGUCAAUAAUGGCAGUCUUAUCGACUGGGAGUUGAAACGCAACACUACACGAAUACUAUAAUGGAAAAGAUAGUAGGAAUUUGUUUGGGGCUUCGGGUUGCGUGCGGCGGCCAAGAUAUUUGACAUAUUUGAGAAUUCUCUUAUCUGAGAUCAGAGUAGCUGUAUGUUUAAACUGUGAACAAACACGAAAUGUUCGUUGUACACUUGUGAGUGGGUGAGAAAAAAAAGUGUACUCGUCCACAACAUCAAAACAUCGUUUACAAUUAGUUUCCCGUCAUUUCAUGAUAUUUGACAGUUCGACCAUCGUGACCGACGACCUUCACUACGAGCUGCAUAGCAGUAUGAGAGCAGGCACAGUGUCCUGCGCGUGAAUAAGUUUAUUUUGGCAUAGACUUGCGUAGCAUCUACCGCACUCAGUCCUCAUCCACUCAGGGCAGGUGUCCAGACACAGUCUUGAAGACCGGAGUAGGGUAGGGGGCGCAGUUGGUUGGCACGACGAAGGACUCACCUAGGCAUACCAUAACACACCCGGACCAUAACAAGCACCUGACCAAGACUUUAACCAUCAACAAAAAGACCGACGGCCGGCGCGGCCGAAGCCGCCCCUAGGCGUGCCCUAGCACUCGACUCGGGUCCUACGAAGUGGGAGUGUCAUAAAAGACACAUUAAGAAGGAGGCAUUGCAGCCUGACUCUCAGACCACCGCUCGGCCAUUCAAUGCAAACACGCAAUACUGCUCGACUGCGAGAUCCAAGUUAUCCCGUCAGUUGGCAGCCCUCCAAGCCACAGCUUUUAGUGCACCGUGGUAGCUUCAAGCGCGUCAGAUUGCUUAUGGUGAGGAACGUGCGCUGAGUCGUCGACCUCACUCGCCCUUCCCAUUCCCAGGCCCCAGCCACUGUGCGAACCUGUUAGUCGUGGGGUGCGAACAAUGGGCGCAUAUCUGACGACCUUGUCUGCGCCUGCAAAACACAAGAUCUAGAUCCCGAACACAAGUAGCAGAAUUUCGCACAACAGGGGGUGGGCAUCAUGAUAUUUUUCUCGAUAAGAACUCACUUGCAAGCGAGAAUCCUUCCAGAGGGUAUUAAAACCUUCACUCCUUUGGAAUCAGCGUCAGUACCUACUAGAUCUGUCCUUUUCGUGUACACGGCUGAACGCGGACUAAAUCACACAUAAAGUGGCCAUUUUGUUAAAUGAAGUUAUUUGUGUUCCAGAAAAGGUGUGCGAAAAAUAUGGGAAAAAUUGAGUUCGGGUCUACAUCCAGUUUUUCGUGUCUAGAGGUUUCUCACAUAUGCGAGAGCUUUCUUUUCAAAUUUAUACCUUUGGUUCAGUCAAACAGAGAGGAAAAACGGUUUUUUAGUAAGUUACUGUCUUUAGGGCGUUUUUGGUUUAGGAUAGUGAAGCAUAGUUUGUUUACGGCAUAACACGAUUCAAAGGAAGGAAAUGAGAACCACCGUAUAAACAAGAUUUUGCAACCCUGACUCUGUUGCAGUUUCUGCACAUUACAAAUUUUUCCUUUUUUUAAAAGGGAAUUUCGAAAUCUCACUGUCUUCAACAUGUGUCCUUCGAGAGAUGUCCGAUCGGUGACCAGGGACUUGCCGGUCUGUCAGCCCUUUCCUACUUGAUUUCGCUUUUGUCAAUGACUAGUAUUCAGGAAAUGUUUUUGUAACAAGUUGUCACCGAUCACAUUUACAAAGAUCAUGCUUGAAUUCCCUUAGUAUUACUCGACAACCGCACUCUUCAAGGUUACUUGACUGUGGGACGUAAUACGUCCCUCUAUUUCGUUUUAAAUGUCCGGCAUAGAGCUACACCUGGUUAACUCCAUCUCACUUUUCUCUGUCGACGAUCUUUCCUGUUCUUAACAUUUGAGAGUUCUUGUGCAGUCGGUUCGCAGCUGCCCUGGAAGUUCGGAAAAGUUAGCUGAGUGACGGGAACCCGUUCAAGCCCUGAUAUAGACUGGACUGUCAGGCAACGCAAAAUGAACCGACUGUAUGGAACGCUACAGCGCAGGCCAACAAUCCGAGGCGGUCUUCGCAUGAAUGUGGAGAGCGUGGGCACAAAUGGAAGUUAACUUUUAAAAAAUAUUCAUAGGUGGGUGGAAAUACACCAAAAAUCACGUAAAUUCGAAACAAAAUACCUCUGUUACCUCUCCCCUAUGCGAUACUUAGCGAAGCCUUGGUUAAUGGCAAACAAAGGUAGCUCCGAAUGAAAAGCCCUAUUAGUGGUCAACACGGGUAGUUUGUUCAUCGUUGGGUGUCGACGCGCACAUAGUACAGAUAAGAUUUCUGCCCGAGGUUACAGCUCAGAACAGUCGACGGCACCGGCGUAGAUGCAUGUAAAAAGUAACUUGAGUGGUAGAGGUUUGGCUUCCAGGCCCAUUUGAUUGGAUUCAAGCCGCUGGUUUCGUAUCAGCGCCGAUCCCUGCCGAUUAGCAUAAAAUUGUUCCAGGCAACUAAAUACUCCGAAUGCACAGAUGCCCUGAACAAAGUGACUGAACGUCCUUUUCCCUUCAACGUUGACCGUGUCAACUAUGCAUCACGUUCAGAGUUGUAACGGUAUUUAACAUAGCGAACGGUUUUCCUUUUUUCCUAAUUUAAAAAGAGAAAGACCAUUAGCACUUCUGGUGGUCGAGUAUCUCUCUCUCUCUCUCUCUCUCUCUCUCUCGACGUUCCCUAUCCGUGCUGUAGUGCAGACAGUGAACGGUUGCGAUACCGUGAGAGACGGAACUUUCUGUAACAUCGAGCGAUCCAUUCAAGAAAAUUUCAAAUAAAUUUAAACCAGACAGACCAAUAGGGAUAAGACGAUAAGAGAGACAGUAAAAUCGAUAUUGGGGUUGCUUCCUCGUUGAGAUUUUAAACAUUUAUCAUCACGAAAUCUCUGAUGUGCUUUAACCUGCUGCGACCAACCAGCAGUCAUGAUUUUGGGAAGCUAUUAACCGUUGCAAAAAUUUGAUACUUGGAGACAGGUUGAAACAGUUACUAGUGUGUUUUCUGUAGCAAUCUAACCUCUGUGACAUUCCUACCCAUCCUCAAUGGAGCCUGGCACGUGUCUACUUAUGAGCCAGGUUCUUUGAGGAAAACGUAGAAUGACUAUGUUUAGCUCUGUCAACCAUGACGCUCAUACCAGUCGCACUGGUCUUUUCUCGCCAUCGGAGUGUGAAAAUAAAGUGAGGUAGACGUAGCGCAGUUCUACUCCACGGAAAAUAAAUUCUUCCGAUAUUAGCCACUGAAUCCAGUCGGUGGCACACUUAUUGUGCAUUGAAUCCUACUUAUUUAUGACAGUAGACGUUAUUUUGUACUUUAUAAUUCUCACGAGAACUUGAUGCACAUUUUGGUGUAUUUAGAAAUCUGCCACAUCCUCCCGGGCGUGCCUACAGUCAGUACGCUUAACCUUAUACGCUGUUCGAUCUCCGCCGAAGGCAUCCCUCACCUUGCCAGACUGAUUGCUGUAAGCCCUAGUCUUAUCUUCAUACCGACGUAAGCCUUCGUAUUUAAACUUCAUUAUCUGAAAACGCUGUAUUGAUACCUGUCUUUAGCAAUAGUUGUUAAAAACCGACGACGAGGUCUCAUGAAAAAACAACGUCAUUCCUCUCUCAAGCAGUGACAGACAGAAUAUUCAAACUAAUUGUAUAUCUUAACAUGUUUCAAGUGUUCUGCUUCAUUACUUUCGUUUGUCUGUCGCUCACGAUAUUUUGUAUGCAAGUCAAGAGCCUUGUUGCCCUAAUUUUAAGUGUCUGUACUUCUGGCCGCCUUCAUGUUGGAUGUAGUCCUUAAAGGAGGGUGGGCGCCAAACAUCAUGAAUGUUGUCCUCCGGCCGCCUUGUCGAUUCCCCCAAUGUACUGAGCGGUAGAAAAUAUAGAGAAAGCAGGAGAGACGUUAGGUUCGAAGUUUUGAACCGAAUUAUUAGUUAGUAGCCCAAAAGGGCCUUGGCACUUGGAUAGAUAGAUUCAACCUCCGACAUAUUGGGGAACGCGUUGAAAAGCUUACUGUUGAGACUGCGGAAAAGAAAGAUGUAUUCAUAAGAUUGCCUUUUAGAGGAGACGCAGAGAGCGAUUUAGUCCGACGGCGCUUAACUACAGCUAUCACGAGGGCAUUCCUUGCGGCGAAUUUACGCGUAUGCUUCACAAACUCUCCCCUCCUACGUUUGGGAGGUAAAGACAGACUACCGUUGGAGGCCACAUCAAUGUGCAUUUAUUCAUUCACUUGCUCCUGUGGAGCAGGAUACAUCGGCCGCACAACGAGACGCCUGGUAAAGAGAGUACGUGAACAUAUGCCCGCCUGGCUAGACAGAGGUGAGACCCGGUCGAUUUCGAGUUCUAUUCUCGCGCAUUUAAUCGAUACGAACCACCGAGUCGAUGCCAAGAAAGCAUUUCAGGUUGUCUACCGGACACCAACAUGCUUCUCUAAAGGCCUACGCCAACGGAUACUAGCAACGGCAGAGGCAGUAGCUAUACGGUUAGUGAAUCCGGUGUUAUGCUGUCAGAAAACUCUGACACAAGCGCUUUCGCUGCCGUGGCCAACGCCAACCCCAAGUGAUGAAGCCAUGCCGCCUCAAAUCCCUAAUCACGAUGAUGGGUACUCCGUGUACUCAACCCAAGAUCAUUACUCAAAGACUCUCUACCCCCCUCCCCUAGCCCUGACGACUAACACCCGCCGACCUUCUCAUGCGGGCGGCGUGGGAAUGAUGAGUGUUAGUGACUUAAUAGCCCUUGAGGCAUCUAUAAACACUGUUGAUUUUGUACAUUUUCAUUCGUUCAUGUAAUUGUAUUGGCCUGAGGAAGAAUUACCGAAAACGUGCGUUCGCCAAGUUGACUUUUCAACUUUGAAAACUCUUCAAGCUCUAAUGGCUGUAGAAAUGCGACUCUGCGGAACACGUCAGGAAAAGGAAAGAAGAAGAAAAAGAAAAAGAGGAAGAAGAAGAAGAGGAAGAAGAAGAAGAAGAAGAAGAAGAAGAAGAGGAAGAAGAAGAAGAAGAAGAAGAAGAAGAAGAAGAAAAAGAAGAAGAAGAAGAAGAAGAAGAAGAAGAAGAAGAAGAAGAAGAAGAAGAAAAAGAGGAAGAAGAAGAGGAAGAAGAAGAAGAAGAAGAAGAAGAAAAAGAAGAAGAAGAAGAAGAAGAAGAAGAAGAAGAAGAAGAAGAAGAAGAAGAAGAAGAAGAAGAAGAAGAAGAAGAAGUAUAGGCGACCUCGUGCCAAACUUCACGAAAGGUUUGAGGUUGAAGAUAAUGCCAGUAUAAGUGAUAGAAUCGAACAGGCGAGUUCCAAGUGGCAGUUCAGAAGACUAAGAUGCGAUCACUGGAACCAGAAAUUUAUUGGCCUGACGCUUCGGAUUCUCACUCUAAUCCAUCAUCAGAGACAGUCGCAGAUAAAGGUACUGGUGGCACAAAGAGUGCAGUAUUUAUAGAUCGUGGCUGCCGUGGGACCAUAUGCGCUUUGUAAUUAACAGCUCUCGCAAUCACCGCUGGGGUCGUAAUUGAUGCGGUGGUGGCUUGUCAAUCCGAGUCCGAGUCGUUAAGGCCGUGAUUUCGUCAUCCGUACUGGAUGCUGCUAUAACGAUUGCUCGGCAAAUUGGCUCACUGUCACUUGGAUAUUUGCUUGCCCGCGCACUCCCCACGUGACUGAUUCCCUGGGCAGGGGAAUCAGUCACGUGGGGACUGACAGGCCACCACCGCAUCAAUUACAACCCCAGCGGUGAUUGCGAGAGCUGUUAAUUACAGUACACACGGCAACCACGUGCUAUAAAGACCGCACUCCUUGUGCCAGCACCACCUUUAUCUGCGACUGUCUGGUGGUGGAUUCGAGUGAGAAUUCGAAACGUCAGGCCAAUAAAUUUCGUGUUCCAGUGAUCGUAUCUUCGCCUUCUGACCGGGAUUAGGGUUAUACCGAGGGUUUGGGAUAAGGGAGUUAGUGUUAGGGUUAAAGCUAAGACAGAAGAAUAGUCACUGCCUGGGAUUAAGCGUAUGGUCGCCCUUUGAACGGAGGGUGUGUUGAUUCCGUGUCCAACCGAAGAGUGGAUAGGGGUGACAAGAGGAAGGAGACCAUUAAAUAAGGAAGAAAGCGGCCAAAUGGUAUGUUACCAUGAGUUAAUACGUCUCAAAAGAAGCAUAGGUUACCCAGCUUCCGAGCCCAGCCACUUAACAGGACGUCCUCGCCUCAUCAGGCAAGAGUUUUGGCGCCGGACGGAAGUCUACCAGUUAUCGUCGUCUUUCGUGUCCCCAUCGAUCAAAGCCUAUACAUGAUUUCCUUUCUUGUGUCCCUGAUCCUACCUUUCCAGUUUCUCAAACCGUGGUAAUCUUACAUUUUUGUUAUUUUCGCUCGUCCUAGUCUUUUGAUGUCUGGGAGUAAGUGGUCAAUAACUCACAAAUGCGAUUCAAUGGUCAGAUGUGCGACGGCCACAUCUCUCGCGUCUCUUUCACCACUUUGUCGUUGUCAUGAUGACAGUAAAGUCUAGUUCAUAUCCCCCCCAAUGCUUGGUAAAAAUUUUCGAUGUUUGGUAGCCUAUUUUCAUAAUGUGUUUACUCGAUCUAGCAAUAUAAGUAUCAAACGCCAAAAGGCGACAUUUUAUGUGUAGGUUGGGAUGCAAUGUUGUGUAUUAUGCAGAGCAAGUUCAAAGUAUUUAAAUCCUGCCUGGCGGCCGACUUUUGAUCACGCCUUUUUUUCUGGCCGUCUGGAAACCUUGCACUCGGUAAAAGAUGACCAAUUAAGGACAUCGGUAGGUCGAGUCAAAAAUUAUUCGGGAAAUAUAAAAACACAUUUAAAACCAAAAGUUACCCUCACAUUUACACAACACCUGACGAAGACGUAAGUUGCCAUAAAACGGGUACAACAAAAAUUAUUUUCAUGUAUGGCCCUUAUGAACGAGUUUGUAAUAGCAUCGAAAAUCAAUGAAAAAAUAGGACGGAACACGGGACUGGUGCCCCCUGAUAUACGUCACUUUGGGCUUAAUUCCAAAAAGGUAACCCAUUCCUCUGUCCAACUCUAAGUUUAAGGUUAACCUUAUCUUUGGCCCAGCCGCCAUGAAAGUUAACAAAAGGUCCACUGUAUUAUGGGGAUCUAUUCCCCCGUGUCCAAUCUUUUAUUUCAUUGACUUCCGAUGCCUUUAUAAACUUGCAUUUGUUUAUAGAAGUCACGCACAAAAAUAAUUUUUCCCCAUUUGGUAGUAAAUUAGGUAUUUUUCAAAUUCUAUGCUUAAAGUAGGAGUGGCUUUGGAUUUUAAAAAUGCUGUUUUUUCGCGAGUAAUUAUGAGCUCAACCAAUCGUUACACUUGCUUUUGGGUCUCAAAACCGCAAGUCGGAAGGACAGUCAGGCAUUUCUGCAUGCUAUUAAGAAUGACUCAUAAAGUUAUGCACUUAAGGCGAACCACGUUGAAUACUUCGUAAAGAUCAUAUAUAACGAUUCGGCAGUCGUUUGCAACGAUGUCACCGUGUGCUCCACGGCAAAGCGAAUCAAUCACGGUGGCUUGCGCGCGAAUUCGUGUAUAGUGAUAGUUGACUUGUACAGCAUCUAUCGAUUUCUUCCCUCCUUCCCACCUGGAUUCGGUGUCAAGACAGAGUAAAGUAGACCAGUGACGGUAGGAGGCGCAGGUGGUUGGCACGUCAAACACUCGCACCUAGGCAUAUCGUUACACCGAUUUUGAUCCCACUGAGUGGGAUGGGACAACGUAUAUACAUACAUAUAUAUUAUAUAUAUAUAUACUAAAAUACAAAUUAUAUACUAAUAAUAUAUACAAGACGACAGUUCGAUCGUCGCGGACGAUGAUAUCUACCGUAUACCCCUCAGCAUGCUGGGCGCGCGAAUGAUGACUCGCAUGUGAAUUAGUGUAUGGCGAUAGUAAACUUGCGCAGCAUCUACCGCACACUCUGCACCUCCCCCACCUCGAUCUGAUAUUUUCACAGAGUCAAGAAGACAAGAGACGGCAGGGUGCACAGGCGACUAACGCGGCGUGAACCUGCACAUAGGCGUUUCACCACAAGUCACACCGCCAAGUAACACCACCGUACAAGCAUUAUGCUACUUGAAUGGACAUCCUGCGGUCUUAAAAGCUCAUAAUUACGAACGUUUUAAGCAGAAAGCAACCCCUUAUUUGGGUAUAAGAUUGAAAACAUAUGCAUGUUUUUCCAGUCUUGCUUACUGCGGUUCGACUCAGCUGUGAGUCUCCCCGCAUUUGCCGUGUGCUUUAUGCUAUACACUUCACUUUUGCAAGGCUGAUAUUUUUUAAUUUCCACAUAAAUUAAUGAACAAACUUGGAGUGUACACAUCAGAGGAGACCUUUCUAGGUUUAGUCUGAAAUUCGACGUGAUUAUUUGAGCUUUAAUAUGUUAGCUACUGUGGAAUAACCUCGCAGGAUGCAUGAGUUGCCAACAGGCAGACAAUGGUAUAUAUAGAUAUAUAUAUAUACUAGCCGGACCCCGCCACGCGUUGCUGUGGCUCAAUCUGAUGAAUUGGGGAGUAAGGGAAAGAGGAAGGAGCACGUUCCCAAUUAAGAAAAAUGUAAGGGCCACUGGUUGGCGGUACGUAUUGUGUGCGAAACCCAGGUUUGUCCUUCUAGACGUUUUCGAUGGCAGGGCAAUAGUUUGCUGCACCCAGUCGCGUUCGAGAAUUCCGGAGUAAGUGGUGACGGCGGGCAUUUAUUUCGUCCACCGGUGUCGAUCGAGGCAGUGGUGGCCUGAAGUCUCCAGCAAGCAGUAGCAGUGCAUCGGAAAUGGUCUGCUGUGUCCUCGCAAAUCCUGCAGCGUUCGGUCAGGGACCUCGAGCGCUUUUUUGCGCCAUUGUGCAUUCAUCCAAAACAAUAGGUUUGCAUUUCUGCUGUACUUUUCCCAUGCCGGAUGCUUUGGAAAUGUUAUACGCGGGAGUUUCAAUGAAUUGCGCAUUCAAAGGCAACUUCGAAGCUAACUGAACGGAUUUUCUGCCAGGUCGCAGAGUUGCAGCUAUUCCGGGGAUGCAAGUGCUACGGCUAUGUCAUUUAUUAAAUUGAAUUGCCGGAAGAAUCGGUCGUAGUAGGAAGGUUUUGCCAGUCCCACCUGGCGCAUCUAGGAAGAAGAUUCCUCCAACCUCGUUACUUACAUUCCGCAGUAUUUGAUCGUAAAUGCCAUUCUGCUCCAGGUUUACCUUGUGAAUGUUUGAUUGCAGGCAUGGCAGAAGUUGAACCGUGUUUUAUUUUUGCGGCGACAUUCCCAGUUGAUUGAGAACUUUGUUCGCGAUUUCGGCGUACAUAUCCUCAAUCAAUAUUAACGCCUCGCUGUAGAUUCCUGCUGUGCAAGCCGCAUUUGAAUUUUCCUUGCAUAGUUGACGGAAGGUAUCUUCAGCCAUCUGCAAAUUCUAUUUCUCCAGUAAAUCCGUUGGAGAUGAGGAGAGAAUGCGCUCAAUAUGACUGCAAACAAUGCAUGAAUUUAAUGUGGAUGGGACGUGUUGCAGGCGUCAUUAAUACAAACGUCCCACUGUUGAUCGUUCUCCAGUAAUUGAAGAGCCUGACACGCACUGCUGAAGGUGGCAUGCGUAGCGCCGUUGACAGACUUCAAUUGCUGGAAAGACGUUGCACCGGGCACAUUCACCAACACUAUGCGAAGUAAGAUUGGGAUGCACGGUAUGCAGUCUGCCAAUCGCAGUUCCUUUGAGUAUGCCGGGGUGUCCGUCCACUCGCUCUCAUCGUUUGCGUUGUUCGGAUGAUUUUCUGCGCACAUUCCCUGUGUAAUGCGUAAGCACUUCCGAAUGCGGCAGUGGUUUCGCAAUCGCGUCACUUUGGCUUAAAGUGGAGAACGCAGCUGAUAUUGUUGCCAGUGGACCUAAGGCAACCUGUUGCGUGUUUUGCAUCGGUGAAGUAAACGCAUUGCCCAUUCUCUAACUGUACUCCAAGCGCACAACACCUGGACUUCGCUCAUGGAUGGGGAAUGAAAGAAUUCGCCACAUGGAUUUCUUGCCGUUGACGCAUCUUCCAGUCCAAUACUGUGCGAUUUCAUUGUGUUGUAUGUCCGCAUCCCUUUAUCUCCUUUCGCGUUGCAGGCCGAAAGCGGCCAUGUCGCUGCCUUUAUUCACGUUCUUACAAAUGUACCUAAUUCAAUUCCCAAAAUUGCAGUGUUCCACGUUUAUGUGAACUGCGUUUAUUUUUAAAAGCAAAGACGAAUACGAAACAACCCAGCGGUUGGCGACUUCUAUGUCACCGAUUCGCAUUCGUACGGUUGCCAAUUUGCCGAUGUCUUCCGCUGAUCAUUUUCGGUAUAAGGGACUUCCGUCCAUCAUGCCCGGGGGGGGGGGUUGAUGGAUUGGGAUUCAGUGCAUCUAAGGUCCAUGUAGCAUAUUCUUUGCCACAACUUCAUGCAAGUCAUUGUCGACGUCGAUAUCAGAUAAUUCGGCGCAUCCUGCGUCGUCGUUUUCGUUGGAGGCGAUCUUGUUAUAGAACCAGAUCAGGACAUGUAAAUGGGGCAGUCCCCACUUUUGCCGUUCCACCUAAUACAUCCAGCAGCGCACAGACCCAACCAUUUCGUGUUUCAUCAUGAACUUCAUCAGCGAUUUCGGUUUUCUGCAGAAAAACAUGUACUCUGAUGUCAUACCUAUUCACGGGCGAUAACCCGAGAAGUGAGAGCUGAAAAAUAUCCCCCCCCCCCCAAGCUGGAUUGCAUGUGAAUGUAAAGAGUAGGUUUGGACGUCCGUACUGACAAACAAAAGGAAUUGCACCUCCAGCGUACCCGGGCGUAUGGCGUGAACUGUCUGUGUAUGUGGAGAACAAAAAUCAGUAGUCUUACAACGGAAGGUGUAUUACCGUCGUUUACAACUGCAUCAUGCAAAGGAAUAUAUUCUUCAGAGCGCAGUUUGGUCGGAUGCAAAUGAAUGAAAAGCGGGCGUCCUGUUUCGAUUUCGCAUGCGUAUUCACAAUGCAGUGAUGAAGCAAUUGACGGCAGUUCAAAAGGGGUUUACUUACAUUCUGUCGAAGCAUAAGUCGGAAGGAGUAGUAGUUCAUUCCACUAAAUUUCGCGUGCAUUUCCUCGUCACUGACUGAAUUUAUGAUCUUAACGUUGAAGUGAUAUCCAACGGCACCAUCCCGAAAAGUAAAUGGAUACUGUGUUGAAAUCGGUAUUGUUCAUUCUGUUGCUGAACUAAGCAGGCCCGAAGAUGCAGAACGCGGUAACCGUGACCGCAACCCGGCGUCCGCAAGCCGAGCUGCACUACACUGAAAUGACAUUGGGCGACAGCCCUAUUAUAUGGGUUGCGCGGGAUGGUGGGGCUGGUGUUAAUUGCGUCCAGUCCUCACCCUCAAGAUUCCCAUAGUAAGCGGUGACGGCCCUAUUAUGUGGGUUGUGGGACAAUUUUAAGUGGCGUCCAAGUGUCGCGUGUUUUUUUUGCCCAAGGGGUGGUUUGCUCGGCGGCCCAUAUUGCAGCGGCCCAGAGAGGGUGGAGGGCCUGCUCAAGUGCCUGCGAGGUGAGUGGUGGGGUGGGCACGGCCGUCGGGUGGAGCACGUGCGUUUGAGCGAAUGUCGGUCAAGUGGCUCGGCGGGUAGACGUGUGGGCACAAGCGGAUGUAGGUCAAGUGGCCGCACCAGGUGGCGUUGUUAUGGCGGAAAACAUCCGGUUUUUUACCCAUCACAGGCGUACCAUCGGCAUAAUUACACAGCUGACCAGCCAAAAACCCGGCCCUAUGCGCGGGUCGGGUUGUGUCCAAAUUUCAGCGCAAUCGGUGCAGUACUUUCGGAGAUUAGAUAUAACACAGAAAAAAAAUCCUUCCAUUUUUAUAUAUAUAGAUAGAUUUGUCGCAUAGUUCACUACAAUAAAGGCACAGGUACUGUUUAAAAGCCCAGGCACGUGUUUGGUGGUAUUUAGCCACUACAUGAUAUAACUGUGAGGAAUUCGGCUCAUCAGUGCGUUCCCCAGCGUCUGUCAUCUGCUUGCCGGUAAUAUAUUGCAGUUUUUUCAUGUUCUUUCCUAUUUACGCCAGUCAUCUAACCACACCCAAAGACCUGGCGAGACCUCUACCCUCCUCCGCGUGUUUAUUCCGAGGGGUGUUUUGAACGCGAGAUGGCAGCAGUUUUUAACUUGUGCUUUUUUCGAUCAAAAUAAAAAUUAUAACUUACAAUAACAAAAUAAGUCCGAUGGACUUUUUGGAAUGAUAAGUGGUAAGGGAUAAUUAAGACCUCGCCAGAGCAAACCAUCAUUUCUCGCAACUGCAGAUGCUUUGUAGGAUAAGAUAUCUGAAAAUGCAUGGGAAAAAUACAGGGACAUUUAGUCCGAGAUUCGGGCAGAAAGGUCUCGAAAUAAACACCAACAACAGGGUAGUGGACGACGGCAAAGAGUAAUUCAAAGUGGUAAUUUCAACCUUACUGUCGUUUUUGGUGAAAUUCCUCAGACUAAUAAGGCACUUUCUCCAGCGAUCCUGUCUCCCUUUCCGUGACCACUUCCUGGAACUCGCCUCUUGGCUUCUAUUAGCCAAUCAUAAUCUCGACCACCACCUGCGACCGGAAGCACAAGCAUGUGCUCGUAUACGACGCAGACGGUCCACAGCCAGCGUCUCGCAGACGGGUCAUAAGCACUUCAUCGAUCCGAAGCUCAUCAAUGCCCCGCCACCUGUAAUUCUCCGUCAUCGGAGGUCGGAUAGCUAUCCAAUCAGGAAUGGACGCACACCGAUCUAUGGGUCUCCUGAGGCGAACAAGCUCCGCAUGUGUGGCAGAGGUCACGAACAGGUAGUUAACUAGCAAUCCUGUAUCAAUCUACGCACAUUCUCCGUCGUCUCACACCCCUCCAUGCUAUCGCAGCCUAAACGACUCCGAUCUGGUAGUCGGUUGCCUGUUCAUGAACUUGGCCACCCAUACGGAGCUUGUUAGCUUCGGGAAGCCAGUAGAUCAGUGUGCGCCCAUCCUUGAUUGUAUUAUAAUAUGCUAAGAUGGAGGCUCGUUUUUUCAGAAACAUCAGGUUAGCUAUAGCCGUGUCACAAGGGGACGGAGUGGGGGGAUGGGGACGCAGGAACAUGGACACAAUUAAUCGAUACCUGCCCGCGAUAGACGCGGAGCGUGCAGAGGUUCCUCUGCGCGCACAGGACGGACCUUCGUAGCCUGAUUACGGUCGCUUCUGUCGUUGCUAAUAGGCGUUGACCCAGUAGGCUAGGAUAAUUAGGUGGGACCUUGUAAAUCACACGGAAGGCUUCGUUUUGAUCCACACGAUGUCCAGAAUCAACCAUGUGUACGAGGAUGGAGCUGCGCAUGGUCUUAACUUCACCCUUCCUCAGCCAUGCCGGCAGGUGUUCUCAUUUCCUUACGGAUAGACGCCGACUCGUACGACCAAUGUACCCUGCUCCACAGGAGAAAGUAGAGGAGUAGAUGCACAUGGAGGUGGUCUGAGCUGGUAGUCUUUCCUUGCCUUCCCUGCGUAGGACAAGGUUUGUCGCGAACAAUAAUUAAAGUCUUGCUGCCGGGAAGGUUGCGGUUCAAACUUUGCCCAGGAGACUGAAUAUGUUCAGUGCUUGUUGCCAGUGGCAACUUUCGGCCAGGAGACAGUAAACCCUUGUGUUGUACCCCUUUUGGUGACCAUGGGCGAUCUUGCAUGGAUAUAGCCAUUCAGUAUACCAAAUUUUACAGAUUUCAGUUUUCGUCAAUGGCCAGUAAGAUUAUCUAUCAAAGGUCAGCAUGCUUUGAAGGGGAGGCUGUACUGAGUGAAAACAUCUAGAAAGAGCAAGACCUCUAGUUCAUGAUGUCCAACGUCCACUGUAUGCCUGUUGACCAUUUAAAGGAUGUGCAACUUAGUUGAUGACAGUCGUGAUAUUAGAUCGCAUGACUGCUUACCGGUCUUAAGUUAAAUAUACUUCUACUACCGUAAAGUAAACUUCAACUAUUAGUCGUUGGAUGUCAACCAACUGGAAGUCUUCUUUCCAUCGGAUCUUUCAUAAUUUGUUAGACUGGCUCCAGUGAAGCUUUAAAGUCUGCAUCGUUAUUAUUUUUAAAGUCGCCGAAUGCGCAAUGUCUGCCGUUUUUGCGGCUAAGAUUCCGGCCCGCGCUUUCUAGUCAUGCAAUUCUGGUUUUCUUAGGAUCCUUGCGCGUACAUAUGUCAUUACCUGAGGAGAAAAUCUAUAAAACUUAAUAAAAGGAAAGGCAUGAUAAAAAGGCCUCUACUAACAGGGGGCAGAGUUAAGUUUAGAAACAAAAGGUAUCUGUGGAAGUACUCUAGGUUUUGGCAAUCAUGAUUGAGGCGUUAACCUACCGAACUACCUCAAUCAAGCUCUGUACGCGGCAGGCCGACAUACAGUAGAUGUGCUAACUCAUGAAAUGUCAACCAAAAUUUCGAAAUGCGUUCUCGUUUCGAAAAGAUAAAUUAAGUAGUGUUGUAAAACUAAACAAGAUGCAUCAUAAAUCUAUAAUGAUCCAGUUACCUCAGGGUGUCGGCUUUCGAAAGAACUUAUUUUCGGCUGCAUGCAAGAUCUAUUUUCUGCAAACAAUGACUUCUUAAUUAGUAUGCAAUUUUCUCAUUGGUUUUCGUUGCCCUUGAAAAUUCAAUUAUAUUUCAUGGAAAACAUGCAUCAGCAUAUUCAUUCUUUUACUUAUUCGGUAGAAAAUCACGUUUUCCUCCAAUCUCAUACUCAAAAGAAGUGCAUAAUUCGGCUUUAAAAAACCUUUCUGAUUUACAAAUAAUUUUGAACCCGACCUGCUGUUACACUUGCAUCCAGGGUUUCAAAACUACAAGUUGUAUAUUUUCCAUAUAGGGCAAACCAUGCAUUUUUCUACGGUGUUAAGAGAAGACCAUAUGAGAUUCAUAAAAUUAAGCAGUAGAUUUGAGCAAUAUUGCUAACUUAACAAGCCACAUUCGUAAACGCAGAUACAUGACGUUUCAUGAACGGCCAUUUAACGGUAUUAAAAAAUCUCACAAUUAGAAACUUUUAAAAACCGAAGUAUACUCUUCUUUUGAGUAUGACGUUGGAAGAAGACGUGAUUUUCUACCGAAUAAGUAAAAGAAUGAAUAGUUCUAUGCAUGUUUUCCAUGAAAUAUGAUUGAAUUUCCAAGGGCAUCGAAAAUCAAUGAGAAAAUUGCAUACUACUUAAGUAGUCAUUUUUGCAGAGUAUAGAUCUUGCAUGCAACCGAAAAUAAGUUCUUUCGAAAGCCGACACCCUGGGGUAACUGGAUCAUUAUAGAUUUAUGCUGCAUCAUGAUUAGUUUUACAACACUACUUAAUUUAUCUUUUCGAAACGAGAACGCAUUUUGAAAUUUUGGUUGACAUUUCAUGAGUUAGCACAUCUUCUGUAAAUACGUUGAUGCCUAUACAGAAGUUUUAGUCGCCAUGUUCGGUUUUGAGGAAAAUUCAUUUGAAAAACCGGCUAACCAUGCUGUUGACAACUGCAUAGCGCUCUUCUUAGAACCUCGAAUAGUAAGAGCAAGGAUGCUUGCGGAAUAUAUAACACCUCAACAAAAAUUGUCAGGAUUUUUAAAAAUGCAUUCAGAUAGGGUCGAGCGCUUGAUCAAGUUUGCAAUAUUCUAAUUGAGAAUCAUCUAACCCGUGCAUUUGACCCCACUCAAGCGAGCACAUUUAACUAUUGAGGGAAGUUCAGUUUCCUUAUCAGACUUCAAUACGCACGCAAAGUCAGGCGUUUUUGCUUCAGAAAGAAUUUAGGAUAAGCUUAUUUCUUGAGAAGGCUAGACGAACUUAUGGAUUCGUGAUCACUAUCCUGACGCCCACAGGCCGGCCCCCUGGUGGAGAUUGUGCUGAUAUCGGACCUCGCAGGGCUGGCGCAUUGUUGACAUUAAGUUCGGAACGGGACAGCGGCUGUUAUGGCGGCGACCAGACUGGCGUCGCGUGACUGCGACAAGGAGGCGUGGUGGCGUAUCACAGCAGUUUUCCGUUUCCGCUGUUGAAUUGCUCCCGUGCAUGUGGACAGGUGCGGGUUUUUACCACUUGAGCUCUCGUCCUACGGCAUCCCUUUCAGUGCGUUACCUUCUGAAGGCCGUCAAGAGUUGCAGGGAGAACUACGCAACGUGCCAGGCCUCCGCUAUGUCUGCGGACCUGGGAGCCUUAACUCAGCCCUAA